AUGGCUACCGAGGCGCCCGAAGCAACUCAGAUCAUGGAGGAGCAGAUCCCCCACGAAGAGGGCGGCGAAGAGGAGGAAGAAAUUGCUGCCAUGAAGAGGCGCGUUGCCGAGAUGGAGUCAGAGGCCUCUAAGUUGCGUGAGAUGCAGGCUACAUUGGAUCAGCAGUCCUCAGACUUGGCAGAGAACAAAGAGGACAUCGAUGCACGGAGUAUUUUUGUCGGCAACGUGGACUACGGUGCCUCUCCUGAGGAGGUGCAGGCACACUUCCAGACCUGUGGCUCUAUCAACCGGGUGACCAUCUUGCUAGACAAAUUCUCCGGCUCGCCCAAGGGCUACGCUUACGUGGAGUUCUCCGAGCCUAGUCUCGUGGCGCAGGCUUUGGUUCUGAACGAGAGUGUCUUCCGUGGCCGUAACCUCAAGGUCACCCCCAAGCGAACUAACUUGCCGGGCAUGACUCGUGGUCGUGGUCGUGGACGUGGUGGCCCGCGAGGCCGUGGACCCUUCCGAGGCUACCGUGGUGCCUACCGGGGCCGGGGACGUGGCUUCGCGCCAUACUAA